AUGGCUUCUUCGAAUCACUCCGAAGACGAUGAUUUUGUUCGACGUGCGAGUGAAUAUUGGGAAAGAUUAAAUGAAAACUUAACACAUGUUCCAAAGUUUCAUAGUAUUCAUCAAGCUGGUGUAACUGAAGAACAACUCAAACAAUUCGAAUCCAAAUUAAACAUCACCUUACCAAAAGAAAUUCGUGCUGUAAUCAAAGUUCAUGAUGGACGAAAACAUAUCG